UCUGCAGUGCAGGCGGAAGUGAUCGCCUGCCUCUCCAAAUUAUGGCUUAUAACAGUGAUCAGUAGCUAUGACUAGAGCUCCCCUUACUCCAAAGCAGUUGUUAGACAUAUUUGGAAAGGCACCGGCUUCAAGUUUGUCUUCUAUCUUGGCUGUAUUUUAAUGCUGUGCUCAGAAUGAUAACUGCAUGCAUGAUUUCAAGAAAUCGUCAAUACAAAGGGAGUUUUGAUAAAAGAAAACUUAAGCCUUUCCAGGGUCCCCUCCCUUCACGCUUGUACUCUCAUCCCCCCCUGUAUCCAGGGGAGCAGAUCAUUCUUCAGCAAGACCAUGUCACCUGCAUCGACUCAUUCGACAGCUAUGCACAGGGUGUGCUUCACUUGACGACAUACAGGGUGCUUUUCACUGGUGUAUAUGCCAGGAAUUAUUUAGAUGGUUUGAAAGAAGCCUAUCAGGUAAAUGCUGAAGAUGAUGCAGAAGAGUUAUCAAGACAUGGCUCUCAGCGGCAGUCCUUCUCAGCCACUGGGAAACACAUGUUCGUUAAUGGCAAUAACAACAUUCAUGAUUGGUCUAGACAACAAAGGAUUCUGAGGCAUGUAUCUAAUAAGGCCAGGAACGGCUUGAGAUACACACAGUCGUUGAAAAAGCGCAGCUGCUCCACCCUUGAGGCGGUACCUGGGAGGGUGGACGAGUGCUCAGCAAGGUUACAGAAGUUCAAACCUCUUAUCUUCUCCAACCUUGAGCAAAUAGAGCAUCAGUAUUCUCUUGAGCUCUCUGUCCCAUGCACAUGCAUCUAUGAGAUCAGGAAAUUCUCCAGAAAGAACAUCCCAAAGGGCAACAGUAUCUUUAUGGCCGAUGGUGUUGAGCUACUUUGUAGUAACAUACAGUCACACAGGUUUUGCCUUGGUCUUCAAGAUUCCUACGACGCUGACAGUCUUAUCAAGCUUCUCAUGUAUCACACAAAACCUUUAUUCCCCAGACUUUUUGCAUUUGCCUACAAGACUGCCAUCUUGAUGCCACCGUCCUGUAACAUACUGGACACAACUUCUGCACCAAACUUCUACAAGUUCAAUGAUGAGUUCCAAAGACUUGGGUUGUUAUCAUUGUCAAAGUGGAGAAUACCAAGUCAUCAGUGUAUGCCGUACCCCACACAGACUCUGGUCCCCUCUACCAUCAGUGAUGCAGAACUCAACACUGUUGCCGUUUUCCACAAGAGUAGCUGCUUUCCCACUGUUUGCUGGCAACACCCAGAGAAUGGUGUAGCACUGCUCAGAUCCUCUGCAGUUGUCAACAGAAGGGGCUUACUGGAAGGUCGAUGCGAACACGAUGAGACAAUGCUAACCAGUAUAUGUGACUGUAACGAAAACAGCAACAAGGCCAAGCUUGUGGUGUUUACCGAACAGCCCAAGCCCACAGCCUCGGGACUACAGAUCACAGGGCAGCUAACUCCAGAACAAGGAGAAACAUUCUAUUACCCAAACUGCAAGUUUGUGUACGCGGAUUCUCCUCCUGAUUUUAAAGCUGUUCGUCAGAGCGCCUGUAAGCUACAAGCAUUUCUGGCCUCGAAAGGAGAUGACAGCAAGUACCUGUCCCAGCUUGAAGAGACUGAGUGGCUUACUCAGCUUAGCGAGCUACUUCAGACCGCUACCCAAGCCGCAGUUGCCAUGGACUGUGACAAGUCAUCCGUUCUGUUUAGUUACGAGGAUGGUUGCGACAGAACAGCACAGGUUUCAAGCCUGGUACAAGUCAUGCUCGACCCCUAUUACCGUACACUCGAUGGUUUCCAGGUGCUGAUACAAAAAGAAUGGUUGUCGUUCGGCCACAAGUUUGCCGACCGUAUCUUGCCGCCUGAGACUAAUCCCGAGAGUACCGAGGAGCACGGCCCCGUCUUCCUGCAGUGGCUGGACUGUGUGUGGCAGCUCACUCAGCAGUACCCCUUCUCAUUCCAGUUCAAUGAAUACUUGCUCAAGACUAUAGCAGAAAGUGCGUACUCGAGUCGCUUUGGUACAUUUCUUGCAAACUCCUCAAGGGAUCGUGAAGAGGAAGAGAUCGAUGAGCGCACCGCCUCGUUGUGGACGUGGUUGAACGUGGUGACCAUGGAUGACCCUGACUGUUUUAUUAACCCGCGCUACCAGAAGAACGCUUCACUAAAGUUGUUUCCUCGAUACCACAUCGCGUGCCUGAAAUUGUGGACUUCCUGUUACAGCUCACAGUUUAAGCAGGAGAAUCUACGGGAGGCCCACAAGGCCGGCCGAGUGCAGGAGGCAAAGUUGGAAGAGCAGUGCAAGGACCUCCUGGCGAAGCAUGCCAAGCUGCUCCUGCGACUUGCAGAGAAAGACUCCCUUGACACAUCCUCCAGGCCCGCCUUCUGCACGGCCAGCCUCCAGCACCAGCCUGCCAACCAUCUCGUGUUGAACUUCACCUUGGGUAGCGGAGACGAUGACAGAGAGGAGGGCUCAUCGCCGGACGGCUCCCUGGCGUCUGUUUCGUCCGGAUAUGACAGUUUAACGAGGUAUCAGCGCCCCCUGCGCCGCAUGACUCGCAGUAGAUCUCUGGAUGACAUGCUUGACGCGCAUGCGUGCUCUCGGAGUAACAGAACCACGAAAAGGCAGAGCUUGAAGAGGAAGGUCGGUGGUAGCAAGUUCUACACGGACAAGUUCUUAAGCGAUCUGCAGAAAGAACCAAGAAGUCGCGUAACGGACCUACCGAUAUCUGAGAAGUACAGCAGCUUACAAGACUAUCUCAACAGCACUGGUGUGGACUUUGACUCCGAGUCAACAGUGACCGUGGGGGCCACUUACUGUUGCGGAUACAUGGUCAAACAAGGACAGGUCCGUAAAAACUGGAAGAAGCGAUGGUUUGUGCUGGAUUUUACCAAGAAAUACCUGGCAUACUUUGAAACGGAAAAGACGCAGCACCCGAAAGGCGCCAUCAGUUACCAGUCCAUCUUGGAGGUCUAUGAACACAGGAAGACCGGACGAAGAAAAAAGUGCUUAUUCUGUCUGGAUACCCCUAACCGUACAUAUACAAUAGAGUCGCCGAACGAGAGGAGCAUGCAGAUCUGGAUGGCGUGCCUGACGGUGCCGCUCAGCGCGAUUGAAGUCAGACCAGACAGGUGAAAUCAACCCAGCCCUACGAAGAAGUCAGACCAGACAGGUGAAAUCAACCCAGCCCUACGAAGAAGUCAGACCAGACAGGUGAAAUCAACCCAGCCCUACGAAGAAGUCAGACCAGACAGGUGAAAUCAACCUAGCCCUACGAAGUGUUCCUAUCGCGACAGAAUACAGUGUUCUCAUCCACAGGAAGCCCAGCCGUACAAGUUAAGUCGCAAGAAGCCAAGUCGUACAAUAUGUUCCUGUCCACAGGAAUCCCAGGAUACGAAAUGUUCCUAUUCACAGGAAUCCCAGGAUACGAAAUGUUCCUAUCCACAAGAAUCCCAGGAUACGAAAUGUUCCUAUCCACAGGAAUCCCAGGAUACGGAAUGUUCUUAUCCACAGGAAUCCCAGGAUACGAAACGUUCUUAUCCACUGGAAGCCCAGGAUGCGAAGUAUAUUUCGAUGUGGAAAUGUAGGUUGGAUUUAUUCAACUAAAACGCUAAAGAAACGAUUUUCGACACAUCA